AUGGAAGAAGAAGACUUUUGGAAAAGUUACAAAGAAGAAAGACUGCUUAAUAAGCAAAACUAUUAGCAACUUAGAGAGCUAACAUUAAGUGACAUGGAUGUCAAGAAACUAGCUCAUUUGAAAAACAAGAAAGGAGAGUAUCUCUUAGAAACCUAUGAUAUCGGUUACCUCGUAGCAAAUUUAGGUCAUGAAUCCUUCUAAAACUUAGAAAGGCAAUUUGAAGAAUUCGAAAAAAAGAGGAAAUAGAUGCAAUUUACAUUGUAAAAAUUCUCAAUCGAAAAAGUUUUCACUCCUAGUCAGUCUAUGAGUAAUUUUGGAGUAAGUUUGAAUGAUUAAAUGAGCAGUCCCAAAGGCAUUGGAAGUAGUGUAGUGAGUCCAAGAUAUGGACAGCCCAGUUAACCUGGUUUAUUUAAGAACGAAGUUUCAGUUUAUGAAUUUAUUUGGGCAUUCAUGCAAGUUUUAGAGCAUGAUAGGGAGGAGGAACUUUUUAUUACCAAUGCUUUGAUAGAAUUCUAUGAACACAUAAAAGAAUAAAUGAAGGACCAAGCUGUCUAAUGGCAUCAUGUGACUAAUGUAUUGAUAGAAUUGAUGCACGAAUAAGAAUUCACUAAUAGUGGGGGAAAUGCUGGUGGGGUAGGAAAGCUAAGCGUUAAGGCUGAGAAAAAAAUAAGACACCCUAGAAACAACAUCUAAGAAAAAAUGAUUAGAAAGCUAGGACUAGAGUUACCAGAUCUUGUAGGAGAAGAUGAAAAUAAGCUUAGUUUCUUUGUAAAAUCACCAAAUGCUGACAAGAAGACUCAUAAAACUGGUAUAAAUUAGUAAAUUGGAGCUUGCCUAAGAGAUUACACUUUAUGCUUUUGGGAAACUGAGGAUAAUUAUAAAUUUGAGAAGGUUCUGAAAACUAAUUUACUUUAGCAUCUUCAAGUUAAAAUAUGGUGUCUAGAGUCUUGUUCGAAAUGGGUGACUACAGACAAGACUAAUGCUCUUCACAUUUGGGAUCUAGAAUUCGAAGAACCAAAGACACUUGAGAGAAUUCAUAAAAUGAAAAUAAUGGAUGUAAUUGAUGUAGUAAGAAUUAAUGCAAUGCUCAGCUCAUCUCUCGAUAAAAAUAUUAUUGUUUGGGAUAUCAAAGAUUUCGAAAUGAGAUUUAUAAUUGAUCUUAAGGCCUCUUUUUCAGUACAUACUUUAAAAUAUUCUUACUAGCAUGAUUUACUUUUUACAGCAUCGUAUGAAACCUAGAUUAAAAUAUGGCAUUUCGAUUCUGCUAUAGAAUGUACAAACUUGAGUACUCUAACUGGACAUGAAAGUAUGGUUACAGCAAUAGAUCUAAUACAAGAUACAAACUAUCUAGUUAGUUCAGAUGAUUUUGGUUGCAUUAAAUGUUGGAAUUUAAGGAACUCCCAAUGUAUUUAGACCUUCAGAUUUAAUUUGUAAAAUUCCUUCAUUUAUAUAAAUUAUAGUGAAAUCCUUGUCGGGAAAUUGAUAAGUGUCUCCCCUGAGUCAUUUAUUUCUGUGUCUAACAGGAUCUAUUUAUUUAAUCUGACUCAAUUAGAUGUAGAAAAUUUAGCAAAGACUAAAGCAACUAUAUCAACAACUCAGAUGAUAAAAAAACCAAAGAAAACAUAGAAAAUUAAUUAAGAGCCUUAAAUACAAUAAUAAGAAAAUGAAGUGAUAGAAUUCGUUUACUCUGCUAAAAAUGAUUAGAUAGUUGUAGUUACAAAAUAGGAUGUGAGAAUUCUGGACUGCUUGACUGGAAAAUAAAUAAGGAUAAUGGUAAAUUUAACAAAGAAGGAUGAGGAUAUAACUAAUUUUGCUCUUGAUGAAACUGAAAAGAAAUUUUAUGUUAGUGAUCAUCUAGGUAGUAUUUAGAUAUUUGGAUAUAAUUCAGGCAAAUAAAUCAAGCAACUUUAACAUCAUAACAAAGAAGUAUCAUGUCUAAUGGUAGAUUCAAUAAACAAUCUUAUUUUAUCAUGCGGAUUUGAUAAUAAAAUCAUGAUUUAAUCUACUACGAAGGAAAUUCCAACAGUUUUAAGAACUCUCAAGCAUCCAUUAGGUGGUGAAGAUAUCCUUUAUUGCAAAGCUUCAUUUUAUUUGAAUCUAAUUGCAACAGCAAAUGACAAGGCAGUAAUAAUCUGGAAUUAUGAGAAUAUGAGACUUAUGGGAAUAUGCUAUGUUGAAGAUUUUGAUAUAAGAAAUCUAUUCUUUCUUGAUCCAUACCCAAUUUUGGCAGUUAUUGAUUUUUGUGGAAAUGUAUAUUUCUUUCACCUAAACUACAGUGAGAGUAUGUAAACUUAUAGGAUUAUAGGUAAACUUGAGUUAGAUGGCACUUCUGAUGAAUUUUACUUUAAAGAUUCACCAAGAUGCAUGGCGAAGUCCAUUUACUGUAGUUAAUUAGAAGAAUCAUCCGCUGCAAGGCUUGAAAAUGAAUGCUUAGUUGCUUUUGGAACAAAGAAUGGUUAUAUUUUUAUGUAUGAGAUGACUGACUAUUUUUCAGAUUUAAGCUCAAUACAACCAAUAAAAGAUAGACGAUUUGAGCCAAAUGCGAAUCCUUUAAGAAAUGAUGAUUUUGAUGGGUCAAAGUAUUUUCCUCUAAAUGCAAAGUCGAUUCUAGAUGCAGAUGUUUUUAAGGAUUGCAAGUAAUAAAAAACAAUAGAUUUAAUAGAUGGCCAGGAUUAUUUAAUCUUAAGAAGAAAACUACAUGGAAAGGAAUCUAUCAAUUUGAUCAAAAUUAUAAAAAUUCAAGAAAAUAAAUGCAUCGUAUCUUGUUCUCUAGAUGGUUUUAUUAAACUAUCUAACAUAUCUAAAGGUGAUCUUGUUUGCUCUCUUAAUAUUUGUAAUCCUUUGCCUGCUAAGUGGAACAUGCAUUAUACUAAAAAUAGAAAGAGAUUUAUGAAAAUAAAAAGAGCUAUCAAGACAUUGAGAGCCAUUAAUAGCAUUUUUAGAGGAGAAGAUUUAAACCAAGCAUCUGAAUAGGAUCAUAAGCAUGAUACAACAAUGUUUUUAACUUAAGCUUUUGAUAUUGAUUAUCUGAUUGCGAAAUAUGGGGAAUAAAAUCAGCAUAAAACAAUGAAUUAAGCGACAAAGGAAUAUAUAAAGAUCUUAGAAUCAGAAAUCUCUUCAAAAACUACUCUUAGAAAUCUUUAAUAUAGGCAAAAUAGAAUGAAAGAAGAUAAGAAAGAAACUACUUUAAGGCAAGAGUUUGACAAAAAAGCUGAAAAAUAAAAAAUUCCUCAAGCAUAAGUUAUUCUAUAAAAAGAGAGUUUAAAGUCUGAAGAAAGCCCUCAAAAGUAAUUAAGAAGUUUGUCGAAGAACAAAUAUAAGAGUAAAAUGGAAGUUAGGAAAGUUAUUGUAAAGGGAAUUAAUGAUUCUGACAAACUUUAGGUGAAUGAGGUAUAAUAAUCAGAUAGAAUCUAGGAAUUAGAAGAAUAGGAAAGAUAAAUGAGAAAAAAACUUAAAGAGUCAGAGGUUAUGGAAUACACUCAUUAAAUGACUUUCAGCUUGUCAAGUGCUCUAGAAGAUAUUGAGAAGUAGAACGAAAAAAACAGAAGAGGAGAUGAUGAGCUAACCUAUACUUAAUCGUCUAUUAUUGGUAAAAAAGCCUCUCUCAGAGUUAUACCUAAUCUUGCCCAAAGAAAAUUAGGGUCGUCAAAAAGUUGGAUUAAGCAUGCUGAAGAAAAAGGAAAUCUCAUAGAUUCAAAUUUAGAUGAGAAAAAAGCUUUUAAAGAAAUUCUUAAAAAAUUACAAAUCUAAGUUAAUAGGACAAGAGUAUCUGCUAGUAAGUACAAUACAAUGUCAUAAAACUCUAUCAGCCAAAGUAUUUUAAGUCCUACUAAUCAGAAGUUAUAAUAAAAUCAUAGUUAAGUUAGAACUAUGCAGCUUAGCGAGACAUAGUCAUUCAUGGGGAACAAUGAGUCAUAGUAAACACUCUAGCUAUCUUAAAUUAGAGGCAAUAUAAUGCUACCAACUAUAAAGAAUCAAGUUAAUAUAGCAAAGAAAAUAGACAGUGAAGUGCAGAAAGCUUUUGAGAAAUAUGAUUAAAAUAUGAAUUCAAGAUAAAGUACUUCAGGAGUACUGAUAAACAGAGUAAAUUCUGAAAGUCUUCUUCAUGAUAUUGGAUAUAAAAAGAACAAUCAUAUGUCCAAGUACUUCUAAGAGAAGAGAAACUCAAAGCAAACACCAAAUAUUGGCAAAACUAAAAAUCAAAGAAAAAUGGGAAUGCUUAACAACAAAUCAGAACUAGAACAAAUAAACACAAUUAUUAAGGAGACCAUUCAUUCAACAAUUGAUGUGCAGAGUACUGCAAAUGAUGAUGACACUGAUACCUUCAUGCUGAUGAGCAAACAUAAACCAUCAUUGUUAUCACCUUCUAGGAUUAGCAAUGUUGAGUAAUUAGAUAAAGACAGAUUAUUUAUCUCCAAUAAAAUGAAGUAAGCUUUAUUUGAUAAAAGCAAAAAAGACUUAAACAGACUUGGACUUAAAAAAGUAACUAUCAAGCAUUCAAACCUAUGA